AAGCCUUUCUGUUUAUUUUAAUGAUGGGGCGGGGCUCCUACACGUGCAUAUAUAUGCGGGCACACCCCCUGAAACUGACCUGUCCUGUCCCUUAGUUUUCAGCAGUGGCUGUUCUGUUCGGCUCUAAGUAUCUUUCAAAGAUAAAUUUAGUCCUCCUAAAACGUCACUCACAUAUUCAAGAAAAGCCGCGAUUCUCAGGUGCUACAAAAGUCCCUCUGUUAGAUUUUAGUGUAUUUAUUUUGGUAGACAUAUUCGCACUUGUAGCCGGUUUGGGUGCGGCUUGCGAAGGAGGAUGCAGCAAAGUAGAACUACUUUCAAUUGAUCAUCUACAUUUGGAAUCUACACAUCUCUAUAAAACAUGCAGUGGAUGUUAUUUCUGUCUAUUUUCUUAUUACUCAUGGACGGUGUGUUUGGUGCAGAAACAGACGAGGCAAUGUCAGUGAUGGAGGGAGACUCCGUCACUCUACACACUAAUCUUACUGAAAUACUCAACGAUGAUACUUUACUAUGGUUGUUUGGACCUAACGAAUUUGUCAUUUCUCAAAUAACGAGGAAGGAGGACCUGACCUCAUUUUUUGUCACUGAUGAUGUGAGAUUCAAUGGCAGAUUUCAGGUAGACCAAAACACUGGCUCUCUCACCAUCAGAAACACCAGAAUCAGACACUCUGGACAAUAUAAACUGAGAUUUUCUAGAGAAAAGACUACAACCAAGACAUUUAAUGUUACUGUAAUUGGUGUGGUUGAUGAGACGGGUGGAGUGAAGUCAGUAUCAGUGAUGGAGGGAGAGUCUGUCACUCUACAGAAUUAUGUUACUGCAAUACAGAGAGACGAUCUGAUAGUGUGGAGGUUUGGCGAUAAAGGCAUUCUCCUGGCUAAAAUCGAUGGAGAAACUAAUGAGACCUCAGUAAACAUUGCCGAUGAGCGAUUCAAAGGCAGACUGGAGCUGGAUCAGACUGGAUCUCUGAUCAUCACAGACACCAGAACCGAACACGCUGGACUUUAUGAGCUACAGAUCAGAGGCCGUGAGAGCUCACAGCAAUUCUUGGUUUCUGUCAGUGGUGUGUUUGUUGAAACAGAUGGAGCGAAGUUAGUGUCAGUGAUGGAGGGAGAUUCUGUCACUCUAAACCCUGAUCUUACUCAACUGCAGAGAGUUUAUAAGAUACUGUGGACGUUUGGAGCUCAAGGAUCUACCAUUGUUGAAGUCAACAGAAAUUACAAUAUAUAUGAAUCUGAUAUGAUGUUUGCAUUCAGAGUGAAUGUGAACCGGAAUGCUUCUCUUACCAUCAGAAACAUAAGAACUAGUCACUCUGGACUUUAUGUAGCGAAGAUCAGCCACAGCACUGGGACAUCAUACAAGAAAUUUGGUGUUAUUGUCUAUGAGUCUCCAUCAGUUAUUGAUGCUGGUGAGGCUGAAAUUAAGAGCAUGUCAGUGAGGAAGGGAAAUCCUGUCACUCUUGAGACUUUUCCUGAAGUAUUUGGAUAUGAGCUAAUGCUGUGGGGGUUUGGAGAUGAAGGAAUUCUCAUAGCCAAAUAUGAUACAGAGGCCACAGUGGCCUCAUUAUACGAUGCUGUUGAUGGGAAAUUCCGAGGCAGACUGCACCUGCAUCAUCAGACUGGGGCACUGACCAUCAGAAACACCAGAACCACAGACUCUGGACUUUAUCAACUGAAAAUCAUGAGUGGACAUACUUCAUACAAGAAAUUCAGUGUUACUGUCAGUGGUGAGUAACUCAAGAACAGUGUUGGGGUAACGCAUUACAAGUAACACGAGUUUCGUAAGCAGAUUACUUUUUUCAAGUAACUAGUAAAGAAACACACUACUUUUAAAUUUACAAUGAAAUAUCGUCAUUAUCAAAUAAGCAAUGCAAGUUACUU